UCUCUUGUCUUCAUCGAUCGAUCGUCAUUAUGGAUUUUUGCAGUAAAUCUGCUUGGGACAACAGCUCUCCCUUCGACUGCCUCCUUUUCGACCUUGAUGAUACUUUAUACUCUUCGAAGAUUGGAAUUGGUGAAGCAUGCAAGAGAAACAUUGAAGGAUUUCUUGUGGAUAAAUGCGGAUUUGCAGAGGAUAAAGCGUCAAGUCUUCGAGUUGAGCUUUUUAAAACCUACGGAAGCACCCUUGCUGGCCUAAGAGCCUUGGGCUAUGAUAUCGAUGCCGACGAUUAUCACGGUUUCGUGCACGGGAGGUUACCGUAUGAUAAGAUCAAACCAGAUCCUCAAUUACGAAAUCUUCUGCGGAGCAUCAACCAACGAAAACUCAUUUUCACGAAUUCAGACAGGAACCAUGCGGUUAAAGUGUUGGAGAGGUUAGGAUUACAGGAUUGCUUCAACGAAAUCAUCUGCUUCGAGACACUGAAUCCAAACCUCUCGAAAUCCAGUCGGACUGAUGAGUUCCCCGUUGUUCUGAAGCCAUCGAACGAAGCCAUGAAAAUCGCUCUCGAGGUCGCACAUGUGGAUCCUCGCCGUACGCUGUUUCUCGACGACAACGAACGGAAUAUCGUCGCCGGAAAAGCCGUGGGACUUGGAACUGUUUUGGUUGGAAAAACCGGGAAAAACACGGAAGGUGGGUUCAUGGUGGAGAGCGUGGUCCAUCUCCCACAGGUGGUUCCAGAAGUGUGGGCUACCCCAACAAAAGAAGAGGAUCGGAAGAUAAGCCGAACUAGAAGCGAAAUCGAAAUGGAUUCCAUGUUCACAGCCACCCCUGUCGGGGCUUAAGUAUUGAUGAUGGUGCCAUGGGGUCUCAAAUGUACACUUUCUCUGUACAUAUAUGAAUAAUGUUUCUCUCAUGCACUCUUUCUUCUUAUGUGAAAUGUGAAGUCAAUAAUCUUUGAUG